GGUUGCCCAGCUUCUAACAGCCAUCUUCACCAACACUAAGGUUAACUCGGAGUGCUCUAUGGACGGCUGCUCUCUCUUUCCAAGGGCGUGAAGAAUCUCCCCUUUCUCCCGUGUUUUCACCCGAAACUUCUCCUUGGAUAAUUGUCGUCUCGGAAGAAGCGAGCCUGGGUUGGACAUCCUCAUCUGGGUCACCUAAAAAAAAAGCAAGCAUGCAAGACGACAGCAUAGAAGCAUCUACUUCCAUCUCUCAGCUUCUCAGAGAAAGCUAUCUGGCUGAAACCAGACAUCGCGGGGACAACGAGCGGAGUCGAGCGGAACCUUCCUCCAACCCUUUCCACUUUGGCAGUCCUUCCGGGGCUGCCGAAGGAGGAGGGCAAGAGGACCUUCCGGAUCUGUCGGCCUUCCUAAGCCAAGAAGAGCUGGAUGAGAGUGUCAAUCUGGCGAGGCUGGCCAUCAACCACGACCCUCUGGAGAGAAUGGAUGAAGCUCAAGCUAGGAAACGUCUGUCUUCUGACAAGACAAAGCUUUCACCCAAACCAAGCUUCGAACCUGCCUUCUGCCAGGAUAGCCCUCGAGGUCCUGGCAGCUCAAAAGACAGUCCACCGGAGACAAAAAGACCACAGUACAGUUCUGAAAGCCAGUCCAAGAAAGUCUUCCUAAACAAGGCCGCCGACUUCAUCGAAGAGCUGUCCUCCCUUUUCAAGGCUCACAGCUCCAAGAGGAUCAGACCUCGGGCCUGCAAAAACCACAAGAGCAAACAGGAAUCUCAAAACAAAGCCCUGCAGGAAAACAGCCCCGCUUUCUCAGAUCUGACAGAGAGGCGGGAAAGAGCAUCGGUCCCCAUCCCUAUCCCUGCAGACAGCAGGGACAACGAGCUGAACCACGCGAUAGAACAGCGGGAAGCUAAGAGGCGCGAGGCUGAGUUGGCUGUGGGUGAGGCUACUGCUGGAGACAGCACCCCGGGGUCUUCACCUUCAUCCCUGUACUACGAAGAACCUCUGGGGCAGCCUCCCCGCUUCACACAAAAGUUACGGAGCCGUGAAGUUCCGGAAGGAAGCCGAGUCCAGUUGGAUUGCAUAGUGGUAGGAAUUCCACCGCCCCAAGUCAGGUGGUAUUGUGAAGGCAAGGAGCUCGAAAAUUGCCCAGACAUCCACAUCGUGCAGGCCGGAAACCUGCACUCGCUGACCAUCGCCGAAGCCUUUGAGGAGGACACAGGACGAUACUCAUGCUUUGCUUCCAACAUCUACGGCACAGACUCAACUUCUGCUGAGAUUUACAUAGAAGGAGUUUCUUCCUCUGACUCAGAAGGGGACCCUAACAAAGAAGAGAUGAAUCGAAUCCAGAAGCCAAAUGAAUUGUCAUCUCCUCCCACUACCUCUGCAGCCAUUCCUCCAGUAGCCCAAGGCCAGCCCAGGGUGUCCACCGUCCAGCAGUGUCAGAGUCCCACCAACUAUUUGCAAGGACUGGAUGGAAAGCCUAUCAUUGCGGCUCCAGUGUUUACAAAGAUGCUACAGAACCUGUCAGCCUCUGAGGGACAGCUGGUUGUCUUCGAGUGCCGGGUGAAAGGAGCCCCGUCCCCGAAAGUCGAAUGGUACCGAGAAGGAACCUUAAUAGAAGACUCUCCGGACUUCAGGAUCUUACAGAAGAAACCUCGGUCCAUGGCAGAACCAGAGGAGAUCUGCACUUUAGUCAUUGCUGAGGUGUUUUCGGAAGAUUCCGGAUGCUUCACGUGCACCGCAAGCAACAAAUACGGCACCGUGUCCAGCAUUGCCCAGUUGGACGUGAAAGGAAAUGAAGACCUCAGCGAUAACGGGGCUCUUCACUCCACCAACUCAACUACCACCCUGGCUGUGGCUGAGCAACAGCCCUCCCCACCCAACCUAGAGCCUCGUUCUGAGGAACAGCCCCCAAAGCCAAAGCUUGAAGGGGUCCUGGUGAACCAUAACGAGCCCCGCUCCAGCUCCAGGAUCGGGCUACGGGUGCACUUCAACCUGCCAGAGGAUGACAGAGACAGUGAGGCCUCCUCUGGCAGUGGAGCAGCCAACGCCAGCCACACUAGGCCCAACUCCUUCCCUGAGAAGUUCAACGGACAGGAAACCAGGACCCCAGAGCCUUCCUCACCUGUCAAAGAGCCCCCUCCCGUCCUGGCUAAACCCAAACUUGACUCCACCCAGUUACAGCAGCUUCAUCACCAAGUGUUACUGGAACAGCAGCAGCUGCAAAAUGCAUCUCCUUCAUCACCCAAGGAGUCCACUUUCAACUUCAGCGCCUUGAACUCGGCUCCCCCAGCUCCCCCUGCAGUGACCAUUUCCAGCAAGCAGGUGAAGGGUUCUGCACCACAGACGUUCAACUUGGCCCGGCCAAAGCAUUUCUUCCCCUCUGCAAGCACUUCCACAGCAGCUGUGUCCCCAUCCAGCUCCCCAGUCUUCACCCUGAGUAACACUCCUCCGACAAUCCAGAGGACGGUCAGCAAAGAAAGCCUCUUACUGUCUCACCCCUCUACACAAGGCAGAUCUCCAGGGGGGCUCUCCAUCCAAAAUGAGCCAGCUCCUCCUGGCCCAGCAGAGCCGGCAGCGCCGCCGCCACCACCGCUCACGUAUCCCAUCCCCAGUGGAAACCAGUUUCAGCCUCACUGUGUGUCCCCAACUCCUGUCUCUCCUACCGGUCGGAUUCAGAACCCAGUGGCUUUCCUCAGCUCUGUCCUGCCUUCUCUCCCAUCCAUUCCACCCACCAAUGCCAUGGGGCUGCCUAAAAGCGCACCAUCUGUACCGCCCCAGGGUCUGAUGAAAAAAACCACAAAGGCCUCCCCGGCAAUGAGUGACGAUUACAUCCUGGAGACUAAGAACUCAGUGAUUCUAGACUUGGGGAAGAAAGUGAAUUUUGGAGAUCUCAGAUCACACCAGCAGGAGUAUAAAAUUUCGAGCUUUGAGCAGAGGCUGAUGAAUGAGAUAGAGUUCCGCUUGGAGCGCACGCCCGUGGACGAAUCAGAUGACGAGAUCCAGCAUGAUGAAAUCCCCACGGGCAAGUGUAUCGCACCCGUCUUUGACAAAAGACUCAAGCACUUCCGGGUGAUGGAAGGCUCUCCAGUCACCUUCACCUGCAAAAUUGUCGGGAUCCCGGUUCCAAAGGUUUAUUGGUUCAAAGAUGGGAAACAGAUCUCUAAGAGAAGUGAGCACUGCAGAAUGAGGCGAGAAGGAGACGGGACCUGCUCCCUGCACAUCGAAUCCACCAACGGUGAUGAUGACGGCAACUACACCAUCAUGGCGGCCAACCCCCAGGGGAGAAUCAGCUGUUCUGGCCACUUGAUGGUACAGAGUUUGCCCAUUCGAAACAGACUCAGCCCUGCUGGUCAGUCUCACAGGGGAAGGGCCAGAAUGCAAGAGAGAGACAAGGAGCCUCUACAGGAGCGUUUUUUCCGGCCACAUUUCCUGCAGGCCCCAGGUGACAUGGUGGCUCACGAGGGCCGUCUCUGCCGGCUGGACUGUAAGGUGAGUGGCUUACCGCCCCCAGAGCUGACGUGGCUGCUCAAUGGGCGACCCGUGCUACCAGAUGCCUCCCACAAGAUGCUGGUCAGAGAGACGGGGGUCCACUCUCUGCUCAUCGACCCGCUCACGCAACGCGACGCAGGGACCUAUACGUGCGUGGCUACCAACAAAACCGGGCAGAAUUCCUUUAGUUUGGAGCUCACCGUAGUAGCCAAAGAGGUGAAGAAAGCACCCAUGAUCCUGGAGAAACUCCAAAACAGUGGUGUUCCCGAGGGCCACCCCGUGAGACUGGAGUGUCGCGUCGUAGGCAUGCCCCCACCCGUGUUCUACUGGAAGAAAGACAACGAGACCAUCCCUUUCAGUAGAGAGAGGAUCAGCAUGCACCAGGACACAACGGGCUAUGUCUGCCUCCUCAUCCAGCCAGCCAAGAAAUCUGACGCCGGCUGGUAUACCCUGUCAGCCAAGAAUGAAGCUGGCAUUGUGUCCUGCACAGCUAGGUUGGAUAUAUAUGCUCAGUGGCACCAGCAGAUCCCGCCACCCAUGUCCAUCCGUCCCAGUGGCAGCCGCUAUGGGUCUCUCAGCAGCAAAGGACUGGACAUCUUCUCUGCCUUCUCCUCCAUGGAAAGCACGGUGGUGUACUCCUGCACUUCUCGGAGUGUGGUGGAGAGCGAUGAACUUUAAGGAUGUCUCCGUGCCUGCUGUGUGAGAGGGUGGACUGUGGAGGGGAAGGAAGACCGGUCAUACGCAGUGGUUUCCAAACAGCCACAUUUGAGUGAGUUCCCAUCCUGCUGGACCCAUGGCAGGAAGUGUUUUAAGUAAGUUGGCCAAGGCUUUUUGAGCCUUGGUUGAGGGAGAGUUUAGGGAUGUGCAUCUUAGAGAUGCAAGUAGACAAUUCUCACAAACCAAAGAUAUCAUACCACUGCCACCGCAGCCUGAGGGAGGGGGGAGCGAGUGUGCUUCCCCACGCCGCGUGUAAGGGACAUUAGGCCCAACUAGGAGCAAUUAGGAGCCAUAGCCAGGGCUGAGAGAAGUUAGUGACUUUAGAAUAGAUGCAAAAGAGAAAGCUGGGGAGCCCAUCACCUUUCAUGGAUUACACCCACAGCGGUCAUCUAGGUGGAUUCGCUAGAUGAGUUCCCACUUAACAUUAGAGGAUCUGGCCAUACACCUCUCCGCCCAAGUGGUGAGACUCUUCACUUGCAUAUCCUGCCUGUGCAGUCACAUGAGAAGCCAAAACAUGCCUGAGAUUUAAAAGCAAAAAACAAACAAAACCAACCAGGACACUCAAGAUUUCACAGUGCACUCAUUACGUGGUCAAAACAAGGCUCCCACCAGCCUGUCUGCACCAUUUUAGGCAGACAGUCACACCCACACCCACACCCAGUGCCUAGAUUGGCACCGGGCACAACGGAGACUUCAACAGACAUCUGCUGGGGAUGGCGUACUCAGCUCUCUACCAAUCUAAGGCCAAUCCAAACAUGGCCCCGACAGUGUCUGUCACGGCAUCUGCUUCAUGCAAGCCUGGGAUAUGAACUGGGGGUGUCUGUUUCCAAAUCCCUGUGCUCAGAUCUCUGGUGUUCUCUGUGCCAGGUCCCCCUCCGCUGGGAAUUUUUAGCUGGAGAUGGUAAUUGCUUUAGAAAGGCUUGAGACCUUCUUUGCUUCAAGGCAAGGAUUUGCAGUAUAAAAAUAAAUUAAUUUACUCAACAAAUCAGCAGUGUGUCUACUCUGUGUAAGACGCUGUGCUGGGUACUGUGGGCGACAGGAAAAUAGGAAUAAGGGGGCUGGAGAGUUGAGUCGGCAAAUAAAGGUGCUUGCCGCCAAGGCUGAGAACCUGAGUUCGAUUCCUGGAACCCACAUGGUGAAA